AUGUCUUUCCAGUAUUAUAUCGACAAAUGUCUGGUGGUCAUUUUACGGACCGUAAUUGCCAUUAUCUCUUAUAUCGCCCGCGGCGGCAUUAAAUCAUACCCAGAUGAAGUACGCCAGAUCCCAUCUCGCGACACUGGACGAACCAUCAAGGUUCAUGUGUAUACAUCAUCUGCCCCAAGCCCAUCACCAGUCCUGAUCAACUUCCAUGGCAGUGGGUUUGUGCUCCCCCACCACGGCUCCGAUGAUGCGUUUUGUCGCCAGAUAAGUCAACAAACUAAGUGCACGGUCCUCGAUGUUCGCUAUCGCCUAGCACCGGAGUGUCCAUUCCCUGCUGCAUUGAAUGAUGCCGAAGACACCAUCAACUACGUCCUGGGCCGCCCGCAUGAGUUCGACCGCUCGCGUCUAUCCCUUUCAGGAUUCAGCGCAGGUGGCAACCUCGUCCUCGCCGCGUCGUCCAACCUCUUUGCCCCAGACACUUUCCGCUCCCUGGUCGCCUUCUACCCGGUGACGGAUCUGAGUGCUGGCGCAGGUACAAAGGUCGCUCCAAAUCCGACGGAAAAGGCAGAGAUCCCGGCUCCUCUAGCACGUCUCUUUAACCGAUGCUAUGUGCCUGCCGGCAUGGAUCCGCGCGAUCCGCGCAUUUCCCCCACUUUCGCGCAGACAGACCGCUUCCCGCGCCGUAUGCUCAUGAUCACCGCUGAUUGUGAUAAUCUCGCGCACGAGGCAGAGGAAGUCGCUGGACGAGUGUCAAAAUUGGAGGGCAGGCAUGUGGUCAGUCAACGAAUGGUGGGUUGUUCUCACGGGUGGGACAAGACCACGCGGCCGAACUCUCCGCCGCACCGACUGGAAGCCAAGAAACGGGCUUACCAGUUAGCGGUGGAUAUGCUGAAUGAAUAG